AUGGGCGACCAAGCUAUUCCCGAGUUCUCAUCCUCUCUUGUCCUUCCCACUUUCAAUGAGCCUCUCAAGCUCGAGAGGACUCCACUCCCCAAGACGCCCCCUUCCGGGUCGGUCAUUGUUCGUGUCCUCAGCACUCCCGUGCGCCCUCACCAACGCGAAGGCUUCAAAGGAAACAGUCCUCUUUCCUUUAAGCCCCCAUACAACCCGGGCGAUGGUGGUGUUGGUCGCAUCAUAUCCGUCGGGCCUGAUGCUGUUGCACUCAAACCUGGCCAGCUCGUGUAUAUGAACAACUUCGUCACUGCAAGAGAUGAUCCCAGUAUCCGAGUUCUGCUCGGUAUCCAUGACGGUGGUGGCCCUGAGGCCGACCUGAAGCUGUUCAACCUCUGGAAAGGCUUCUGGAGGGAUAUCGCAAUUGUUCCAACAGAGAAUGUCAUCCCUCUGAAUGAGAAGAUACUGGUGAGCGAGAUGGGUUACUCUUAUGGAGACCUUACCUACAUCCAGCGCCUCUCAGUCGCAUAUGGUGGUAUCAAAGCCUCUGGUCUCCAGGCUGGUGAGACUGUCAUCGUGGCCCCAGCUACAGGACACUUUUCGGGUGCAGUAGUCGAGUUGGCUGCCCAGAUCGGCUGUCGCGUGAUUGCACUUUCGCGCUCAGCAUCUAAGCUGAAGCCUCUCACGUCUCGCUAUCAUCGUGUCACAGCUGUUGAGCUCACUGGAGAUGAAAAGAAGGAUACCAAGGCCAUUGGCGCACUUGUGCCGGGAGGCGUUGAUGCCUACAUCGACGUUUCUCCGCCUGCAGCAACAGCUUCACAUCAGCACCUCAACAUCUCCAUUAACUCACUGGCAUCCUUUGGCCGUGUGGUCUUUCUAGGUAUGAUGUUUGAUAUCAAGAUCAACUAUGCUAGCCUCAUGGUUCGUAACAUUACAAUCAAGGCGCAAUUUAUGUAUACGCGCCAGGAGUUGGUGUCUUUGGUCAAGAUGAUUGAGACGGGAGUCCUCAAACUUGGCAAGGAAGCUGGGCAUGAGAUUGUUGAGAGAGGAUUCUCUAUGGAUGAAUGGGAGAAGGCAGUCAACAUUGCGGAAACGGCUACGGGUUGGGGUCAGCAGGUUUUACUCUAUCCCUAG